AUGUCAACCAAUCGUGCGAAAUCGAUCAGUAGCAAUGAAUCGCACGAUUGGGACUCGAUCAAGGAAAUUUUCGCGACGCUGUAUGUGACCGAGGAUAGGCCUCUGCGUGAGGUUCGGGCAAUUCUCUCCGAGAAAUAUGGCUUCGAUGCGACGGAACGCAUGUAUAAGAGGAGGAUAAAUCACUGGCAACUUGACAAGAACAAUAAGGAGGAGGAGAUGCAAAUUCUAGCCCAGAAAUCCGCCGAACGGGCCGCUAUUGGCAAACGUUCUGCUUUCCGGGUCAGAAAUCGUGAGAUCACUCAAGCGACUAUUGAUCACUACUUCAAGAGGAAGAAAAUAUCAAAAGUUGGCAGCCGAAAGGGCUCAUCAGGAGAUGUGUCCACGCCGCCUCACAUUGUGUGCUACACACCACCAGAUACACCAACACCAGACACCUCUGAGAGCUCUUCUCCAGAAUUUUCUCCAAGCGACACUCCAAGUACAGGCAGUGAUGACCAUAUGUUAAUAGACAGCUCUCCGACUUCAUCGACACGGCAAGUAGCGCGGUAUACCCCGCCAGAAGAGAAGUACUGGCUACCUGGAAGCCCGAAUCAACUGGAACCUCCAGGUCGCUUUAAGUCCAUGGAAAUUCUACUGUCCGCUACCCAGGACUUCCUCCUGUCAACACUGGUAGCAAAAGAUGGUGUCGAUGCGUACCACGUCACUCAACAGGCGAUAUCUUGGAACAUGAGGAAGUUCUACGUCCUUGCCAACUCUGUCGCAACCUAUAUGUCCGAGGGCUCAUGGCAAGAAGCUCAAGCGGCGUACGGUCAAACACUGGAGCAUGUCGGUCCUGUUCUUCGAGAUCGCAAUCCUAUCCUCUUAGUCUGUCUGCUGCAGAUAUGCUGCAAGUUUCUCAAGGACGGCCAAUUACCUGCAUUACGGCCACUUCUCCAGCUAGUACGAGGCAUGGCUGCUCAUGUCCAUUCGGUUUCCCAUUCAAUGCACAUAAUUUGUGGAGCAUUACUGGAAUCGAUGGACAUGCUCGCGGACAUCAUGACCAUGGGUCUAUUUCAAGCAGUCGACAUUCUAAAAUCUCGGCUUGGACAGGAACAUCCGCAAACAUGUGCCGCGGGACGAGGACUACACACCACUCUGAUGGCAAGCCACAACUAUGCCGGAGCAUUGAAAGCGUUUCAACCAGUCGCCGACAUCGAAUCCAGGCUCGGCAACGCGAUGCAGCUCGAGUCGCGAUUUCGCAUCAUUGGCUCCCUCAUGGCGCUGGGAAAUCUCGGUCACGCAGGAAUUCUGCUCGAAGAAGCACAGAUCAUGGUCGAUGCGCUUGAGAACCCGGAACAGAAAGCACAGCUCACACUGGGUGCGCUCUCGACGAGAGGCGAGUGGCUCCGCCUGAGUCGCGAUCCGAGAGCGAUUGCGGUGCUUUCCGAGACCUAUGAGUUUGCGAAAGCACAUACGUGGUUACAUAACGGAUCGUGGACUCUGAAUGCUCGGAGAGCACUGAGAUUGGCCAAGAAUUCUCACUUGUCGGAUACCCCUUUGGUGCCAUUUAUAUACUGGUUCUGA